CUAGGAUCUAGAUGGUUUGUCUUUAUUUCAUCACAGUUUCUUUCUCUGUCGAUUUGCUUGAAUAGAGAGCAUUGUGAAAUUCACACACUAACACACACACACAGGAGUAUACCUCUUUCUCUCUAGAGCCGAUGUCACUCACAUGAAGCAACCUGGAAGCAAUUUCUGUUGCAGAUGUAAGUAGCAAGUGCCAUGAUCUCAAGCAACUUUGCUGAUACACGAAGCAAUUCAAACGCGAUUGAAAUGGACUCACGAAGCAACCAAGAUGCAACUCUGUUGCCAGCAACAACAUUUGCUGUACAGGUUGCUUCGUGUGACAUCGGCUUUAUCUUCAGACAACAUUUAGUUCACAGAGAAUGAAUAGCAGCAUUGUAGACCAAUCAGAUUAUAUCUCUACAGAUGAGAAACAUUACCACAUCCUGUAUUCCGAUGCCAACAAAGUGAAAGUGACGUGGAUGAAACGUGUAGAGAGGAAUCGUCGCAGUCAAUUGACUGUUGUACCUGUGUGACCACGCUGAAAUGACAGUGCUCUGUGUUGGUGUCCCUUUACACAUGUGGCUGAGUAGACUAUAUAAGCAGCGCAAUGCAAACCAGUCGUAUAAAUCAGUGUGUGUUGCUGUCUACCCCUGCAGAAUUGUUUGAGGAGCGAGAUAGGCUGCUGCAGAUUUCAUUCCUUUCGAAUUAUUUGAAAAAAGCAAAACAUAUUUUUUAGCAAUAAUGGGUGUUAUGGUUUCGCAACUCUUCUCUCGUUUCUUCGAGAAAAAACAGAUGAGAAUUCUAAUGGUUGGGUUAGAUGCUGCAGGGAAGACCACAGUCCUGUACAAACUAAAACUUGGAGAAGUUGUCACCACUAUCCCCACUAUUGGGUUUAAUGUGGAGACGGUUGAGUACAAGAACAUCAGCUUCACGGUGUGGGAUGUAGGUGGUCAGCACGUCAUCAGACCUCUGUGGAAGCAUUACUACCAGAACACGCAGGGUCUUAUAUUUGUGGUAGACAGCAACGAUCCUGAGAGGAUAAAUGAUGCUACAGAGGAACUACAGAACAUGCUUGAAGAGGACCAGUUGAGAGAUGUAGUUCUGCUGGUGUUCGCCAACAAACAGGACCUUCCCAACGCCAUGUCUGUCAGUGACAUCACAAAUAAACUGGGACUGAGGAAACUUCAACUGAAUAGUCCUUGGUUUGUCCAGGCUACCUGUGCAACCCAGGGUUCAGGUCUGUUGGAAGGACUGGACUGGUUGGCUGACCAGCUUUCCAAGCGCUAACAUAGCUGAGUUGGCUCCGGAGUGAAGUUACCCCUAGGUACAGGUCUAGGAUCAGCUUCCCCUCCCUGGACCUUAAUCAUUAGUGGGGGAAAUGUAAAACUGACCCAAGAUCAGUGUCUCGGUGCAAAGGUUCCCUGUAACAGCUGCGCUCAGCCCUUCUUAAGAACGACCAGGACACAACGUUUACUCAAGAACAACCAUACAAUCAGAACAAAACUUAGAAGUGCCCUUUUCUAAUGUAUUGUACAUAUUGUAACAUGUAAAGUUAUAAAUGUUUUAUAUUAAAAUAAUUGUAUCACUGAA